AUGACAAGAAUGCUACUGCGAUGGAACAUUGGCCUGACAACGCAAGGGGAUGAAAACGGGAGCACACCCCUUCAUUUCGCAACAUCAGUGCUGCGCCCAAAACCUGUAAACUACUGGAUCCACCGCCCUUGGAUCAGUGGUAUUUGGCAUCCAGGCAUGCCAUUCGAACAGGUGCUGCAAGCCAACCUAGCCCCAAUGUUUCAGUCAGAUAACGAGGGGCUAUUCCCAGUGCACAUUGCUGCCUGCAUAGGAUCGAACAAGGCCGUUGUGAAAUUUCUGCAGAAGUGUCCCAACAUCGCUGGGCUGCGUGACACUAGAGGAAGAACUUUCCUUCACAUCGCUGUCGAGAAGAAGCGAUGGCAUGUAGUCUCGCAUGCUUGCAAAACUCCGUCGCUGUCGUGGAUUUGGAACAUGCAGGACAACGAUGGGAACACUGCACUACAAUCGGCAGUAAAACUUGGGUUUCAGGACAUAUUUUGCUUACUCUUGGAGAACCUGCAGAAUCCCAGAUUCUUGAUCAAUAGCGCAUUAAAGUUUUGUCAUGCUAAGCACGGUAACCGUCGGAUGGACCACUUUGAAGAACACUACAUUAAGCCACUGGAUGAAGAGAAAGAAUCAAAGAAAAUGACAAGUUCCACGCAGACUCUGGGCCUCGGCUCAGUGCUCAUGGCGAGCGUGGCAUUUGCUGCAAGUUUCACUCUACCUGGAGACUAUGGUGACAAUGGCAAGCCAAAUCUGUCUGGGAGGUACGUCUUUGACGCGUUCAUCGCCGCCAACUCGCUGGCGUUCGCUUGCGCCGGCAUGGCUACCAUCAACCUCAUGUACUCAGGGACAGCGAUCGUCGAUGUCCCGUUGCGCAUCUGGCACUUCGACAUAGCCAUGUUCUUCGCGUUUGGUUCGGUCACAAGCCUGGGCACAGCCUUCGCGUUAGGCUUGUACGUGACUCUGGCUCCGGUAGCUUAUAUGACUGCAACUGCGAUCUGUGUGGUGGCGUCAGUUGUGUCUCUCUGCGGAUUCAUGGACCCCUUGCGAGGCCGCGCAGUAGCAAGAGCGUUGUAUGCUAGAAUGGGGAAUCAGGCGUUGCUGAUCUUUGCACGCAUUAUCAUCCUCCGAGGAGCAAUGGUCUAUUGGCCCUUGGUUACAAGCUUCAUUUCGGCAGCGAUUUCAGCUAAAUAUCGCGAGAAAUGA